ACCCCCCCCCCGCCGUUCUGUUUCGCACCAAAAAGCGACUGAAAACAAAAAAGAAAACCCCCAACAAGGCCAGAACAAGUUAGCCCCCCCAAAAUGGCCGGAACUCACCCGAUCCACAUCCAUCCCGUACGGCCAUUAUACGCAGUGUCAGCGAAGCUGCUGGGUGCUUCGAUGUGGUUUUUCUUGAUGUAUCGGGCCAAGAAGGAUGGGGCAGUGUUUCUGGGGCUGAAGCAUCCCUGGGAUCACUAGGUGACGGCGAAGGGAGUUGUCCACCGGAGUUGCACUGUACAGACGGGUGAAGGGAGUGGUAGGGUUUUUGUUGGUACUUGAUCGAAGCUCAGUUUAUGGGCAAAUUGCUUCUGUUUU